AUGAAGACGAUCAGCUUUAUUGCCCUUUUGUUCUCGGCGAUUGCCCUUUUCGUCGGCCGAGCCAUGGCGGCGGCCGAGCUUCCUGAAAACCCCGAAAUCACCAAUCGGGUGUUCUUCGACAUCGAAGAAGACGGCAAGCCUAUCGGGCGGAUCACCAUGGGUCUCUUCGGCACCGUGGUGCCCAAGACGGUGGAAAACUUCCGUCAAUUGGCGAUCUCCACCGACCCCAGGUUUGGCUACACCGGGUCCAUCUUCCACCGGGUGAUCCCCAACUUCAUGCUCCAAGGUGGUGACUACGAAACCGGCCAGGGCUACGGCGGCCAGUCGAUCUAUGGUAACAAGUUUGAGGACGAGAACUUUGAGUUGCAACACGACCGUCCUUACCGGUUGUCGAUGGCCAACGCCGGUAAGAACACCAACGGGUCGCAGUUCUUCAUCACCACUGUGGUCACGUCGUGGUUGAACAACGCUCACGUGGUGUUUGGCGAAGUCAUUGACGGUAAGGAUGUCGUCGACUACAUUGAAAAGGUGAAGACCUCGAGAAGCGACCGUCCCCUUAAGGAAGUGAAGAUCGUCAAGCUGGGUGAGCUCGAUGCCAACGGCAAUGAGAUCAACGCCGAGUCCGCCACCGCCGACGCCCGCGACGAAUUGUAG